UUUUCAUGUGUGAGCAGCCAUAUAGUACAUGGCUACAGGCAAACACCUUCUGGGGUGGGCCUGGCUCAGCUCAGGGAAGAAGCCGUUUGAAAAGGCUGUACCUUUGGCUGUCACUCUUUCUUCAAUCAGCCAGCAUUUGGUCAUGUCUUCUGUCAUUCAGGGUCUGAGGCGACGGGGACUUAAACCUUGUCCAAUCAGCGAGGAUGCUCUGGGAACCGUCCAAUCAGGCACGGAGCCGGAGCCGGAAAGGCUGGCUUCUGGUAUGUGGCGGCUGUUUUGUCUUUUGCUGCAGCCCGAGUUCCGGGUUUUGUCUUCGCUGUCCUCUGCUCCUAGGGGUCCAGCCUGUGUGAGACCUGCUGGUACUGGAGAUCCACAGUUAAGACGCCAGGACCCCCUGGAAGCCUAGAAAUGGGAGCGUUGACAUUUAGGGAUGUGGCCAUAGAAUUCUCUCUGGAGGAGUGGCAAUGCCUGGACGCUGCACAGCAGAAUUUGUAUACGGAUGUGAUGUUAGAGAACUACAGAAACCUGGCCUUCCUAGGUAUUGCUUCCUCUAAGCCAGACCUGAUCACCUGUCUGGAGCAAGGAAAAGAACCUUGGAAUGUGAAGAGACGUGAGCUGGUAGCCGAACCCCCAGGUAUUGUUGUCGCUAAGUUAGAUUUUAUCACCUGUCUGGAGCAAGAAAAAGAGCAGUGGAACAUGAAGCGACAUGAGAUGGUGACCAAACCCCCAGGUAGGUGA